GCCGAUUUCCCGUUGAUCGCUCGGCUCUAUUGUUGCACAGGGGCGCCCUACGCUAGGGUCGAACGUGUCAGCGGCAUACUCAGGAUGGGAAAGACAUAAAGAACCAAUAAAUUCUUUGCGUCUUUGAAAGUCUUCGAAGACACCCUCAAGAACCCCCUUUCUAUUUACAACUUCUCUGCCUAUACAACUAACAAAUCUUCAGAUGUCGUUGUUCACAGUGGCUCGGCAGACGUCAGACAAUGGCGCAAAUCUCUGGGCAUCGUCGAGGUCCCGGACGCCAUGGCGGGACCAAGACUUUCCCCAGGAAGCUUGUCUGUGACACUGGACCAAAUCAGCUGGGACUAGGGGGGAUUCCGUGCUUCUGGUCGAUUGUGAAGCGCAUGCUGGAGGACGCCACGAUUUCUCUGGUGUUGCUAUCGUCUUGGCUGGUGAAGGCGUGCUGGUCUCACUUUCGCGUCGAUGGCGUGGAGUUGCUGUCAGUGUUUGGGGCUGUUUGACGGGGCGUGGGGUAGGUGGGGCCUUUGAUAUGAUUGGCCAGGACACCCUGCCCACUGCUCUUAAAGGAAGGUGCUUGCCCUCCACCCCUUGUGUCUUCUACAGUUGGUUAGACAUCUCUCAUCUUCAUCUAACUGUCUCAACAUAUGUCUAUUUUCCUAGCAUUUUUGUUCUCGUCACACAGGACGAUCGAUGCUCUCUCGACUCUCGAUGGUCUCAUGAAAAUCACCCCCGUCUCUCCUUGCCUCAAAUUCACAUGUGGGCUAGGCUGAAUCGCGUUAGGCAGUGUGGGGGGCGCACACGGAACUCCAUCCGCCCAAAAAGCACAAAAGGCCAGACCCGCCCACCUUUACGCAUGACGACAUUUCAGGGAUUCUCUUGCGCAAUCCAUCACGACGAAUGAACACCCAGCCGGGCGUCCACCAGCAUGUCGCCAGCGUUCCCUUCAACCAGCUCACGAGCUCACGCACACCGCAUCAAUGAGCCGGGUCCAACAGAAUGGUUCGAUUGCAGAAUUGGAGAAUCGAGGACUACAUGACUGAGUCCACAGCCAUUGGGAGAGUGUGAGAUGACGGUAUGAAGUUGGGGAUUGAGGGGUCGGUGAUGUUGUUACGGACCAGACGCCUGGCGUCUCUCGCCAAGCUGCUUCUCGCCCGAGACUGAGAAAAAUCAGCGAACCCUUGGAGUGGAACGAUGGUCAGCUUUUCCGCUUUGUUAUCGAACGACAGGAUGUGGGAGUGAUGAAGAUGACGGAAAUAUUGAUCAACAAAAAAGAACUGACGGGCGGCCGCGAUGGGAAAGGAAGAUGCAGGUGGCAAUAUUAUGACGGUAGCAUCCGGCCUUCUACUUCUCAGUCUGUGAAGUGUGCAUCGUGGAAGGGCCGCGGAGACGUCAGUCACAAUGAUGUGUUGGUGGGAAGGGUGCGUUAUGAGAUGUCUUAGGACAUGGGGGCACUCCUGAGCUUUUUGUUUCUGGGAGACGAGCUGCCAAGCACCAUCACCCUCAACAAUUUCAGACAUCACCAAGCGAAACGAUCACCAGAUACCAAAGGGCGUGGAGUGGUUCUCAAUCAGCUUGUCAGUGGGUUCUACUGUGGCCUGGGUCUGGAGCAAGCGUUUUGUCGAACAAGCGAGCCAAGUCAAUACUUCACGAGUCUGGACCGUUCCCGGCACUCUGGACAUGGCUCGUCUCCAAAAUCAAGGUUUAGGCCGAUGGGGCGUGGAAAGCGAGCUGCCGGUACUGCAGCAGAUCCCAAAAGCAAUGAUGCUUCACGCUUCAAGGUGGGAACGCAGUCAUCAUGUUUAGAGGGUGGUGGUGGAAAUGAGCUAGCGUCCAAGACUAUCCAGUCGAGAACAGGGGCUGCCGUGGCGCUGAGCACGUCUUCUAACGCGAUGCGAGGUGAACAAACCCUUUUCGGCUUGUUGGAAUGAACAAGGACCCCGAUGCUGCCCACCUAUUGCAACCGGCUCUCCCAAGCCUUUACGUUCUCUUUACGUGAAUGCUCUUGGCUCCCCCAACUUGCUGCCAAUCUUUGCAGACCCUCGCUUCCUUUCUUCCCUAUGAGCGUCCAUUCUGCAUUGCAAGCCAACGCCACCGCAAUGGGGGCACUCAUUGUACAGUCCGGAACUACAACGGACCGAGCCUCGGUGAAUUGGAGUAGCCUAGACUUAUACCCUUCGCAUCUCUCUGAUGAUGAUCAGCCCAAACCGCCUCCCAGAGAUGGUGUGCUCGAGUCCAUCAAUCGCGAGUUAGGCAACAGACGCAACAAGCGCACGGAAUGCACGACAGCCUUCUUCUUGCAUACAUGACCCGGCAUGUAACCCACUGGAACACGCCUGUGCAUCACCGAUAUUAUUCGCAUUGUCCAUGCGCAGUUACUGGAACCUGGACUUAACGGACGCAACUGGAAUUAACGGCAAAUACCCUGGUGACGUCGCUCGUCUUACUCCAACAUGCAUCCCAGCCUUGCGGUCUAUCGCCCUGAUUCAGGGCCUGACAGCUCGUUUCCAGAGAGGCACUUGGACGACCCGAGGGACUCCCCUUCAGAAUGGCCUGGCCAGCAGGAUAUCGCACAUUUUCCUCCCAUCAAUCUUGACUUUGCAGAAGCUGGUCUGUCGAAGAUAGAGAAUUUCGAGUCAAAUAGCACAUCUCUGUGGCCACAAGGAUGGAUGAACCAACAACGCUCGUUGCUUCAUCGUCAGCAAAUUUCUAUUCCCGCCGGGUCGUUCGAGUUACCCAUAUUACAUCCUUCCUUUCGGCAGACAACUUCCCCUGUCCAAGCCGAAUGGGACCUAUUUCGUGCGUCUUCAGAACAGUCCCCGGGGCAUUUUCAAUGGAACGCCCCCCCACAACGGUCAACCACCGAGGAAGACUCCGAUUCCAAUCAAAGUCAGCACGACAGUGUUGAAGAAUUCUGCCCGCCUCUGUCAACAUGGAACGCCACACACAAAGCCAGGCGACGAAGUGCACAUCGUAUCACCAAACCCACUAGAUUGCCUGUCGUGCCAGUCGUUCCUCAAACCAUCUUGUCGGACAGACAACCCAACGAAUCAAGCCCAGAUCUGUUCGAUUUCACGAGCACCAAUAUUUUCUGUGCUCAGCCGAGUCAUGAUCCUAUGGUUUUGAACCAUGGAAAUGGUGCCACAAACUUCGCCUUACCUCAAGGCGAGGAGUUCACUGCGGAGAAGGUCCAUUCAAAGCGCAUCGCACACAAACUAUCCGAGAAGACACGGCGGAAUCGGUUGACACUUGCAAUACGAGAGAUUCAGAAGCUCCUACCUUCGGAAAGUGAUCGGGACGACAUGCUACUACCAGACAAUGAGCUGCUUAUCCGGCCAGGCGUCCCGAGCAGCAAGCUAGAUGUGGUCGAGAUGGCUAUUGGUUUUAUCAGAAAGCUCAAGGAAGAGAAUGUCGGCAUGGCAAAGAAGCUGCGGGAACUUGAACAGAAGUCAGCACAAAAGUGUCGAUGUCAGAAGGAGGAACAUGGCCAGGAAAAGACCCCGCCGGUGGAGGAGCCAGAAGAUCAAGCGAAAGAGUAGUGGUCAUCUUUAUAUCAGAUCCACAACGGUGCGGCUAAGCGCAUCGUGGCUUGAUGAGGUUUUGAAUGUCAUGAGUCCAGUAUACCAUGACGGAUAAUGAAUAAUGGAACAAGAAUUGCAGUGACAUUGGCGAGUCCCCU